AUGGAUAAAUUCAUAUCUCCAACUCAAAGCCCCACUGCAAGCAUCUCAUCCGCAGUAGUACCAAAUGGACCAUCUCUGGACUUCAAUGUUAUAGUCAUCCUUGCUGCCAUGUUAUGUGCUUUAGUCUGUGCCCUUGGCCUCAAUUCCAAGCUUCAGUGUGUGGUUAGAGGCACUCACCGUGCACUAACCCAACCUAUCCAAUGGGUUGCCUCUCGCCACUUGAACUCAGGGCUUAAGAAGAAGGACAUGGUAGCACUACCUACUUCAACAUACGCGACCACGUCCGGCUCACCAACUUACACUUCCAAUUGUGCUAUUUGCCUUGUGGACUUCUCCGAUGGUGACCGGAUACGAGUACUACCUAAGUGUAAUCACCGGUUUCAUGUCGCUUGCAUCGAUACUUGGCUUCUUUCUCAUUCCUCCUGCCCUACUUGCCGGCAUCAACUCAAGUGUAACGACGACUAUGAUAAGCAGGUAGAGAUAGUGUGA